GACAUUCAUCAUCGAGUUCCAGACGCAACUAAAAGGGGCCCACCAAUCCGCUCCUUCGCUGUUCCUCGAGACUCGGAAACGGCAAUACUGUAACAGCACAAUAACUCGAUUCAAUCACUUCUUUUCUUCUUCAGAACAUCAGUCAAAAUGCCUUGCGGACUCGGAGGUUCGAAAAAUGUGCAGCGCAAGCUCGUCUUGCUCGGCGAUGGUGCUUCCGGAAAGACCUCACUACUCAACGUUUUCACAAGAGGCUAUUUCCCCACUGUAUACGAGCCGACCGUCUUUGAGAACUAUGUGCACGAUAUCUUCGUCGACAAUGUCCAUAUCGAACUGUCAUUGUGGGAUACCGCCGGCCAGGAAGAAUUCGACAGGCUACGAAGUCUAUCAUACGAUGACACCGAUUUGAUCAUGCUUUGCUACUCCGUCGACAGCAAGGACUCUCUCGAAAACGUCGAAAGCAAAUGGCAAGGCGAGAUUGCCGAAAACUGCCCGGGCGUCAAAAUUGUUUUGGUGGCGUUGAAGUGCGACCUGCGCGAGGCAACCGAAGACGAGGAGGAUGGAGCCAACGAGGACGGCGCUCAGCGGGAGAAGAAGCCAAUGAUCAGCUACGACCAAGGCCUGGAAGUGGCUCGCCGGAUCAAGGCCCUCCGAUAUCUCGAAUGCUCCGCCAUGCGCAACCGGGGAGUUAACGAAGCCUUUACCGAGGCGGCGCGUGUCGCUCUGUCAGUAAAGAAGGAUCGCGAGGAGUCGAAGUGCGUGGUCAUGUAAGACGGCAGACCGAAUAGCCCGGAUAAUGGCCCCAGCAUAGGCCGUCCUCUCGAGCCUCGAUGCUAGGCAAAAUUGCGUUUCAUACGCAUGAUCGACGCAGAUGAGAGCACCACUAGCAAGCACGGGCAACCACAUCUAUGUCUCCCGACCAGCUCAUUUACGCCAUCGCCCAAGAGGGACGCCUAUACGACGCCGAUACCGGACAUUUCUGUCCUACGAUGCACACGAUUUCACAACCAACAGUGGUUCCCUUAUCAAC